AUGAACGGCACUAAAAUCAUCACAAUGCGCAUUGGCAAACUCGUGUUUCUCGACAGCUUGAACUACUUUCACAUGCCUCUGAGUGCACUGCCUAAAUCUUUCGGUCUAAAAACUGCUCUCGCCAAAGGAUCUUUUCCGCAUCUGUUCAAUAGGCCCGAGAAUCAAAAUUAUAUUGGGCCGAUGCCGCCUGCGGCCGAUUACUCUCCCGACACUAUGCGCCCGGAGGAACGCGAGCGACGCUCGCGCAAGUUUAAAUUGCCUCAAAAUUUAUUAGUAGACGGUUACUACGAAACACCUGAUUCAGCCCACGUGUUACAGUUUCACGGUUGCUAUUGGCACGGGUGUUUGAGCUGUUUCACUGUAAACAGAGACCGUGUACAAAGCGAUGGUGAUACACUGAACGAGCGUCUCGAGAGAACAAACGCUAUAUCGCAGAGAAUCCGCUCAAGCGGCUACACGUUAACCGAGAUUUGGGAGUGCGCGUAUGACCGGAUGAUAAAAACAGAUUUAGAGAUGAGCGCUUUUGUGAGUGAUCACCCUCUGGUUCGAGCGGAGCCUCUCAAUCCGCGCGAUGCUUUUUUCGGUGGUCGCACGGAAAACAUGGUCACUCUGUACGACGUGAAAGACGGGGAGCAGAUACGAUAUGUUGACGUUUGCUCUUUGUACCCAUACAUCUGCAAGUACGGCAAAUAUCCGGUGGGUCAUCCAACGGUAUACGUCGGCGACGAGUGCAGGGCGCUGACAGGUCCCGAAAAUAAUAUCAGUCUUUCCCGCGUCGAGGGCCUUGUUAAAUGCACAGUGCUUCCACCGCAAAAUCUUUAUCAUCCGGUGCUGCCGGUGCGAAUGCAUCAGCGCCUGUUAUUCGGGUUAUGUCGUAGCUGCUGCGAAACAAUGAACCAGGACGCGUGUCCUCAUGAAGACCCCGCGGAGCGUGUGUUUAGCGGUACUUGGGUAGUGGAUGAAUUGCGAAAAGCUAUUGCGUGCGGGUAUAAAAUAUUAACCGUGAGCGAGAUUUGGCAGUAUAAGAUAACGCAGUACAACCGCGAUACACAGAAAGGGGGCCUUUUCACCGGGUACAUAAACACUUUUCUUAAAAUCAAACAAGAGGCUAGCGGUUGGCCCGAGGGUUAUGCAGAUGACGAGGCUGCCCAAGAGCGUUAUAUAACUGCUUUUAAGACAGCCGAAGGGGUUCAGCUGGAGCGGGGUGCGGUAGCGAAAAACCCGGGGCUGCGCUCGGUAGCCAAACUUUGUCUUAACUCCUUUUGGGGUAAAUUUGGACAACGCGAAAAUUUACCGCAAACAGAAAUAGUAUCGACACGCGAAAAACUUAUGGAGCUGCUAAAUAGCCCCGAGCACGAGAUCACUGGUAUGCUACCUGUUAACAACCAGGUGCUGUAUGUUAAUUAUACGAAAACCAGUGAUGCUGUAAUACCGUCUAAUAUAGCAAAUACUGUCAUAGCUGCAUACACCACAGCCCAAGCCCGUUUAAAACUUUACACCUAUCUCGAACCGCUGGGUAAGCGUGCUCUGUACUGCGACACCGAUUCCGUUAUUUAUGUCACGAGAAAAGAGCCUGGAGAGUAUGAACCGCCAACGGGUCAAUUGCUAGGGGAUUUAACCGACGAGCUAAGCUCUUACGGCGAGGGCAGUUACAUUAAGUCUUUCAUCUCAGGCGGCCCUAAAUUUUAUUCUUUCAUAGUUAAUACGCCGAGCGGCGCGGAAAGCGAGGUUUGCAAGGUUAAAGGCAUAACGCUGAAUUACGCAAACAGCUCGCUGAUAAAUUACGAAUCAAUACGGUCAUUUAUAAUAGGUGAGAGAGAAAAUCCUGUUGUACUACAGUUUGAUUCAAUACGUCGUACGCCGUUCCACCAGGUUGUCACACGACCCGAAAAGAAAUCGUGCAUGCCGCUGAGCGUCAAGCGAAGACGUGAUGGCGAAUACGGCUCGCUCCCUUACGGCUACAAGUAA